AUGCUGUUAUUGUUUUUUAUGUCUGUAUAUUCAUUCCAGGGAAGGUAUGGAUCCUGUGCCAGGCCCAAUAGGCGCCUCCUACAUUCUGAUUACGACGGGGUGAUGGUCUUGAAUGUAUUGCAUAGGAACCAACCUCUGACUGUGUUUGAUAGUAAUUACCCAGAAAGAAUAAGCUUACCUGCCCUACUCUCGGAGUUUUCCAAGGAGAUGAUGGAGAACCAGAUCUUCGACCUGAAGUAUGAGAGCUUUUCGAAGAAGAUAUGGUUAGAGCUCAAGAAGGAACGCUGUAUAGAAAUAGCUGAUGUUCACUCCGCUCUAAAGGCUGUAAGGAUGAAGAUCUCUCCAUCCGCCAUUUACUUGAAGAGGCUUCCAAAUAGUAUGAAAUUCCAGCUUAUAUCAGGAGGCAAGUGCCUUACAGUUGGAAAUGAGAUAAACUAUGCAGGAGUAAGAGGAUGGGCACUCUCAUUUACUGACUGUGAAGAUAAUAAUGACCUCCAGACCUUUGUGAUGAUUCCUUCGCUCAAGGGUUUAAUGAAGCUUAAUGAAAAGAUGAGAACCGACAAAAUGGUUCACAGAAUGUACGACACAUUCAGGAGAAUAGGAAAGAUCAUCGGAGUGGUUGAUAUAACUCGAUCUGGGAGGCCUCUUUAUUAA